AUGAGUAGCAGUACGAAACCAAAGAAGAGCCUCGUGCUCAAUGCCUUCGUUGAGAUGUGCAGCGGGCAUCAGUCCCCCGGACUAUGGAGACACCCGGAUGAUGAGUCCUGGCGGUUCAAUGAGAUCUCUCACUGGGUCGAGUUAGCAAAGCUGCUUGAGAAGGGCAAAUUCCACGGCAUCUUCAUUGCCGAUGUUCUUGGGGGGUACGAUGUUUACAACAAGUCCCUGGACCCCGCCAAGAUCUCGGGGGCGCAGUGGCCGGUGAACGACCCCUUUGCGAUCAUAUCGGCCAUGGCGGCGGUGACGGAGAGCAUUGGCUUCGGCGUCACGGCGUCCACCACCUACGAGCAGCCCUACCACUUUGCCAGGCGCCUAUCGACGCUUGAUCACCUUAGCAAAGGACGCAUAGGAUGGAAUAUUGUGACAAGCUACCUGGACUCGGCCGCGAAGAACAUGGGCUUCACCGAGCAACCCAAACACGACGACCGGUACGCGCAAGCCGAAGAGUACGUAAAGGUGAUCUACAAGCUGCUCGAGUCAUCCUGGCGCGACGACGCCGUGAAGCUCGACCGCGCGGCGGGGAUCUACACGCAGCCGGAGCUGGUGCGGGAGAUCGCGCACCGGGGCAAGUUCUUCAGCGUCCCGGGCCCGCACAUCUGCCAGCCGAGCCCGCAGCGGACGCCCCUCCUCCUGCAGGCGGGCACGUCGCGCGCGGGGAAGCGGUUCGCGGCGCAGAACGCGGAGGCCAUCUUCGUCUCGGCCCACGCGCCCGAGGUCUGCAGGAACAGCAUCGCGGAGGUGCGCGCGCUCGCCAGGGAGGAGUUCGGCCGCGACCCGGCAAACAUCAAGGUCCUCGCGCUGGUCACGCCGAUCCUGGGGAGCACCGAGGAGGAGGCCCGGGCGAAGCUGGAGGAGUAUCGUCGGUAUGCGUCGCACGAGGGCGCGCUGGCGCUGUUUGGCGGCUGGACGGGCAUUGAUCUCGGGCAGUUUGGCGACGAGGAGGAGCUGAGGGAGGUGGAGAGUAAUGCGGUGAGAUCAACGGUGGAGGGCUACGCGAGGUUCUCGCCGGGAACUGCGAAGUGGGCCAAGCACACGAUCGCGGAGCAUGUGGCCAUUGGCGGAAACGGCCCCAUCUUCGUCGGCACAGCUUCACAGGUUGCUGAUGGGCUGGAGACCUGGGUUGCUGAGGCGGAUGUUGAUGGGUUCAAUUUCGCCUACGCGCUCUUCCCGCAGUCCUUCAAGGACAUCAUCGAGCUACUUCUCCCCGAGCUGCGCCGCCGGGGUCUGUUCUGGGACGACUACGCGGUGCCUGGGGGCACCUACAGGGAGAACUUCUACCAGAAGCCGGGCCAGUCCGGUCCUCUGGACGAGCACGUCGCCUCGACGUAUAGAUGGAAGGCGGGCGUGCCGGCUGAGCAACAUGUGAUUCAGGACUAG